GAGCAUGCCGAGGAGGGUCGAGCCAGCAUCUACCGCACUGUCUUCACCAAUUCUUGCAAAGAGAUGAUGUGCUACCCCGACUUUCCCUUCCCUGAUGAUCACCCCAAUUACAUGCACAACACGAAGCUCCAGGAGUAUAUCUGGAAAUUCGCCGAGCACUUUGAUCUGCUCCGGCACAUCCGCUUCAAGACCCUGGUCACCAAAGUAAAAAAACGCCCUGACUUUUCUGUUACGGGGCAAUGGGAUGUGGUUACGGAAAAGGAAGGGAAGAAAGAGACGGAGGUGUUUGACGCUGUUAUGAUCUGUUCUGGGCAUCACGUCUACCCAAAUUUCCCUGCUGUCAGCUUCCCAGGAAUACAGAAGUUUAAAGGCUGCUACUUCCACAGCCGAGAGUACAAGGAGCCGGAAAAAUUCAGAGGGAAGAAAGUGCUAGUGAUUGGCUUGGGCAACUCAGGCUGUGACAUUGCCGUGGAGCUCAGCACUGUGGCAUCGCAGGUCUACCUGAGCUCCAGAAGUGGUUCCUGGGUAAUGAGUCGUGUUUGGGAGCAUGGUUACCCAUGGGAUAUGAAGAUCGUCACUCGCUUUCAGACCUGCCUAGGGACCAUCCUUCCCAGGGCACUCAGUGACUGGUUGUAUGUGAGGAGAAUGAACUGGCCAUUCAAGCACGAGAACUUUGGCCUCAUGCCGGUAGAUGGGACUCUCCGUAAAGAGCCGGUGUUCAAUGACGACCUCCCAAGCCGCAUUGCAUGUGGUGUGGUGGUGGUGAAGCCUAAUGUGAAGGAAUUCAGAGAAACGUCUGUCUUGUUCCAAGAUGGGACAGUUCAGGAGGAUGUUGAUGUGGUCAUCUUUGCUACUGGCUACAGCUUUUCCUACCCUUUCAUGGAGGAUGACUCCAUCAUCAAAAGCAGGGGCAACAUCACUCUUUACAAAAGCAUCCUUCCUCCUCGGCUGGAGAAGCCAACCUUGGCCGUCAUUGGACUAGUCCAGUCCCUUGGACCCAUCAUCCCCAUAUCAGAGCUUCAGUGUCGCUGGGCAGUUAAGGUGUUCCAGGGGCUGUGCAGACUUCCUUCAGUGAAUGAGAUGAUGGAUGACAUUGAUGAGAAGUCAGGGAAGAAGCUGAAGUGGUAUGGGACCAGCAACACUCUGCAGAUGGAUUAUAUCACCUACAUGGAUGAGCUGGCCACCGCCAUUGGCGUGAAGCCCAACCUGCCCAAGCUGCUGCUGACGGAUCCGCGGCUGGCGCUGGAGGUCUUCUUCGGCCCCUGCACCCCCUAUCAGUUUCGGCUGACGGGGCCGGGAAAGUGGAGUGGUGCCCGGAGAGCCAUCCUAACCCAGUGGGACCGGACGCUGAGGGUCACACGGACGCGGGUGGCCCCCACCACCUCUGUGACCUUCCCCAUUCUGGUGGUGCUGAAGCUGCUCUUCCUCCCACUGCUUCUCCUGGCCGUCCUCGCUGCCCUUUACUGCUAA